UGCUAUAUGCUCCUUGGGACCCAUCAUCCUUCUUCCUCCUGCAAAUAUGCGACAGAGCAAUUGACACCUGACAGGCAAAGUGGAGGGCCACCAACCACCACUCCUAACCGCCGCAAGGAGGAUACCGCCGCCCACUCUGGCCCCGCAUCAUAAGCUAGACAAACAGGAAUGGCGACUAGCGUUGCUCCAGGAAGCAGCCAUCUUCAUGUUAGUAUUUCUGCAUACAGGGGUCACAGGUGGAAACAUCCUCAUUGUUUUCCUAGCGUAUCCAUCCAGAGCAGCAUUCAUAAAGCGUUGUCCUGGUCAUGCAGUGCAUCCAAAUUAUUAUCAAGAGACAAUGCUUCACAUUCUCAGGCUUAUGUGAAUAGGAAAUCCCAUAAACCAGCAGUUACAUCAUGCCUUAGAAAUGGCUCUACCAAGUAUUUUGCCUUUGCUGUUAUUGGUAGUGGGGUUGCUGGACUUCGAUAUGCUCUUGAGGUUGCAAAAUAUGGAACUGUGGCAGUCAUAACAAAAGCUGAGCCACAUGAAAGCAAUACUAACUAUGCACAGGGUGGUGUGAGUGCUGUUCUCUGUCCUAAGGAUUCGGUAGAGAGCCAUAUGCAAGAUACAAUUGUAGCUGGUGCUUACCUCUGUGAUGAGGAGACGGUCAGAGUUGUAUGCACAGAAGGACCUGAAAGAAUUAAAGAGUUGAUAGCUAUGGGGGCUUCAUUUGAUCACGGUGAGGAUGGGAACUUGCACCUUGCCAGGGAAGGGGGGCACUCUCAUCACAGAAUUGUGCAUGCAGCAGAUAUGACAGGCAGGGAAAUAGAGAGAGCAUUGUUAGAGGCAGUUAAAAAAGAUCCAAACAUUUAUGUUUUUGAGCACCAUUUUGCAAUAGACUUGCUUACGUCACAGGAUGGUUCUGUCACAACCUGUCAUGGAGUUGACACCUUGAAUACUGAAACUUCUGAGGUAGUAAGAUUUGUUUCAAAGGUUACCCUGCUUGCUUCGGGGGGAGCUGGGCAUAUUUAUCCAUCAACCACUAAUCCUCUGGUCUCCACCGGUGAUGGAAUAGCUAUGGCCCAUCGGGCACAGGCCGUCAUUUCUAACAUGGAGUUUGUGCAGUUUCACCCAACUGCCUUAGCUGAUGAAGGUCUCCCCUUAAGACCAGCGCAUGCCCGCGAAAAUGCCUUUCUGAUCACAGAAGCUGUCAGGGGUGAUGGAGGUAUCCUUUAUAACAUGGACAUGCAGAGGUUCAUGCCCCUAUACGACGAGAGAGCAGAACUAGCACCCAGAGAUGUGGUAGCAAGAAGCAUAGACGACCAGCUCAAAAAGCGCAAGGAAAAAUAUGUCCUCCUAGACAUCAGUCAUAGAGAUAAAGAAGAGAUUCUUGACCAUUUCCCAAACAUAGCAGCCGAGUGUCUCAAGUAUGGACUGGACAUUACCCGUCAACCUAUCCCUGUGGUCCCCGCCGCCCAUUACAUGUGUGGGGGAGUCCGUGCCGGGCUCCACGGGGAGACUAAUGUGCGGGGGUUAUACGUAGCUGGCGAGGUUGCCUGCACGGGGUUGCACGGAGCAAACCGGCUGGCCAGCAACUCAUUGCUCGAGGCUCUGGUGUUUGCACGGAGAGCCGUGCAGCCUUCGAUCGACCGCUACAUGUCAUCAUGCUCCGGAAGCACCCCGGUCUGGUGGGCCCCGCCCGUGCUCCCCACAUUUCUGGGUGAUGCGGCGAUGAACAGAAUUGCACGGCGGACGAGGGAGACGAGGGAGGAACUGCAGUCGAUCAUGUGGGAAUACGUGGGGAUCGUCCGGUCAACGACGAGGCUGGAGACCGCGGAGAAGAGGAUCGGGGAGUUGGAAACGGAGUGGGAAGCCUACUUAUUUAACCAGGGUUGGGAAGGAACCAUGGUUGGGUUGGAGGCUUGUGAGAUGAGGAACCUCUUCUGUUGUGCCAAGCUGGUGGUGAGUAGUGCCCUCUCAAGGCACGAAAGCCGCGGCCUUCACUACACGGUUGAUUUCCCUCAUGUUGAAGAGAGCAUGAGGUUGCCCACCAUCAUUCUUCCUUCCUCUUCGUCUUCGCUCUCCAAGAAAACCGCCACUUGGAGUUCCCGCCAACUAGCUGCGAAGCUUGACUGAUUCUUAAUAUAUAGAAAUAAAACUC